AUGAAAAAAAUAAAGAUUUCCUUCAAUUUGCCGUUGGGUACUAAAAGAUCAUUAAAUAAAAAGAAUAAUUCCUCGUAUCCAGGAGUUUUUUGCCACGUCAUAAAUUGUACUCUUUCAAGCAAACUUGCUUUGGCUGCCUCCAAGGAGUUGCCGCAUCAUUACCUGCAGCCAUCGGGAAGGAGUUCCAUGGCCAUCAUGAAGUUGCUGAGUGCGCAAAGCUCACAUAAUCGUUCUUUCUGCAGCAGAGACGGAAUAUCGCUCUGUCGUACUCUCUAUAUGCGCCGCGCUACUGUCAUGGAUGGUUGUAGCACAUCCAGUUUAUGCAACCUUUCGUGUAGGAUUUGGAAUAGCGACACGGACUCACUGUCGCCUUUUCGUUGCCGGCUGACAUGUCUAAAAGACACGUUAACACACGUGGCAUCAACGAGCUCUUUAAUAUUGUUCCAGUUAAAUGGUGACAGAGCCGAAGACUACAUGCUAGACAAGUUUAAGGAAGAUAAAGAAAAGGAAGGGUUGUUGGAGAAGAUGGUCAUUCCAUCGCCACUACGCACACCAAAGCUUGUUGGCAACUGCAAUGAGAUUGACAUGGUGUACGACUACUCAGACAAAGACGAUAUCAUUGUAGAUAUCACGUCUCCGCCGACAGUCACGAAGAAUACGGCAUUAUUGCUGUUGAAGGCUAAAACGGCAGAAAAGUUGGACUUAGAGCGUCAGCAGCGCUUACAGGACGCAGACGAUGACGAAGAAGGCUAUAUGACCCAUCUCGAUGCCAAGUGUCUCUGUUUCCGCACCAAGCACGUGCCGUACCUUUUGUUCUUGUCGGAUUUUAUCGUUAACAAUGGCGCUGGCAUGACGAUCAAUUUUUUCCCGCUCUGA